GACCGAUCAGUCGAUGAAACGCGAUCGAAGGAACCGCAGAACACAAAGUUUCCUCGACAUCUUCCUAUUCGUACAUCCGUGUAUGGACAUUCCAAUCGGAAGAUGAAAUUGUAACACGAUCGCCGAGCUAUUACGACAAGCUGUGACGAGCGUUUUGCACCGGAACAUCUAAACCGCAACACUCUAAUCUAACAUAAAAUUCCACAAAUAUAAAAGAAAAUGAAAAUCGAAGCGAUCCGUUGAAUUUACUCUAAAACACGCGAACAGUAGAGGGAGCGAUGGGAUUGGAGUUCAAGAGAGACUCGUCGAAUUCCUGGACUUUAAUUUUCGCCAGUACCGCCCGAUAAGCGUAGCCUGGUCGAGCGGAACUUAGAAAUCGGCAGUCCGGGUGGGAUGAAAUCACGGUGGGCCUCGUUAGGCGAGCGUUUUCGUCGUGGAGGGUCAAUCCCACGUUCGGAGCCGGCUGGACGAACUCGCGAGCAGGGGGUAGGCAGGGGGAGGGAGGAAAAGAGAGGAAGGAAAAGGAGGAAGGACGAAAAGGGCCGUUCGUAGCAGCGCCACAGGACGUUAAGUACGUCUCGUAAAAAUUCCAUCGAGCCAGCGUCAUUUUGCCGUGUCGUAGGGGCCUGGGUUAAAUCUGUCUGGGUGGGGGUUAGGAUAGGCAGGGCUAUCUCUGAGGCCGCCCAUACACGAGCCGGCUAAGCUCGUCCCAUCGACAGAGGUGGUGCAAAGUUGGAGGAAACGUAGUAGGGGAUAGGGAACGUUCGUGCUCCCUCCUACGAUCGCGUCGAGGCGGUCGAGAGAGAAGCGACUGCCCCUGCGGGAACACCGGCCCGGGAUCCCCGUCCCCGUCCGUACCAUUUCGAGUCACUGGCUUGGACUGGCCUGAUAGCGAGCCUCGAAAACCCGUAGCUCGUUUACCAUCCACCACGUAUUGACGUUUUCGUCCGCGAACCGACCGCUCGUUCCCGUUUCCUUCGUUCGACAUGAUCGCGUCGAUCGCGGCCUUCGCGAAUCAGCUCGCUUGGAGCAACCGCGUCAGUGUCGGUAACGUAAACAUCGAGCAUCGUUCCCGCGUGUGAAUCCGGUUUCUGGUGCGAACGAUAUAAACUUGACAGUUCGUUUCGGAGCAGACUCGAGCGAGGGUACUACUCGAUCGGUAUAGAGAGGAUACGAUGACUUACGGUGGUGAUUCAGGAUUGAGAGGAGUCUCUUGAACACCUGUUGUGGAUCUAUUCCGGACAUAGCCGUGGUAACUCGGUGUUCGCGGCACUGGUUUCGUGCUCCUUUUGUUUGAGGAAGAUCAAGCAUUCCAAGGAUGACAGGCACGCAACGACGGAGGGAACAGUGGGAGUUCUGAGAGAGAGGUUUCCGUGAUGCGAGAGAAACUGGAUGGAAGGAUGACUACGGGCGAUCAGCGGGAAAUACCAUGACGGUGCAUCGUUGAAAGCAAAAACUGCGUGGAAAAGUCGAGCGGCGGUGAGUGUUUGAUCGCGCGUGAAAUCGAAAUGAGUUGGUCGAGGCAAAGGGUACCGGCUCCUCUGAGCUGAAUCCUCGUGACAAUUCGGUACCAAGACUCUCUGACGGGUUUCGAUGAUCACGAAACAGGGUACAGUGAGAACGGUGCUACGAUGCUGCCGAGUGCUGAAAUCAUGUACAGUGAUCGAAUAAUCUGAGCAUCCACGGUUGGAACGUUGUUUAUUUGUAAAUGGGUGAAACGCGAGGAUCGGACGAGCUUAUGGACUAAUUUCGACUGCUCCGUAACUGUUCACCAGUUUCCUUGCUUUGGAAGAUCGAGGUUGGACAAGCCGGCCUAAAGAUCCUUCUUCAGGAAUGUGUACCACGGAAAUGACGGAAUCGUACACGAUGUCACCGUCUACGACGGUGUCCUCCAGCGCGACGACGCCGGGCUGCCUGGGUUCGCCUGCUCACCGACGGACACCUUGCAGAGGCUCCCCUGGUCGAGGCGAUGUACAGGACGACGAAGACGAGAUCUCUGUCGGUUGUCCGAGUCCUCUACCCCUCGUGGUGGUCACCCCUACCGCGGAAGAGGACGAAAGACUGUCGCAAUCGAGGGAAGAUUACCCGGACAGACUGAGCCCUCGAAGAAGUUACCCGAGGGACUCGAUGAUCGACGACGAGGACAGCUACUCGAGAAGCGGUGAUUUCAGGACGUCGAAUGGUAGAAGUGUUAGAGCUCGCGAGAGCAGUGGUGGUGAUUCCGUUACCACGUUGAGGGAGGACGAAGAGGACGAGGAGGAGGAUGAAGAAGAGAUGAACAGCAGAAGCAGUAGUAACGGUGCAUCGGCGGCCGGUGCCACGGACGACUAUUUCAAACCUCUGAAACGUUUGAAGAUGGUGCAGAUGCAGCACUCGGACGAGGAGGACGACAGGGACCGUGAGAGCAACGAACGAGGCGUCAAGUCUUUCAGUAUUCUCGACAUUCUGUCGCACAGACCUAAGGCGAAGAUCGUUCGUCCCUGGGACACGGUCGAGACGAACUUAAAUCACCAUCAUCAUCGUCACCAUCUUCAUCAGCAGCAACAGCAACAGUCGAAUCAUCAGCAUCACCACUUGCAUCAUCAUCAUCAUCACAACCAUUCGACCGCACCCAGGGACCUGUCUCUGAUGGGUAUGUCCCUGGCGUCCAUGUCCGGCUCCAUCAGCGAGCCACCUCUCAGCAGCUCCUCUUCGUCCGGCAGAAGUUCCGUCUCCGAUUCCGGAAGUCCGGACCCCCUGGCUCACCACCAUCACGGCCUGCAUCACGGUAUGCAUCCCAGUCUCCAUCACGCGGCCUUGCAACAGCAACAACAGCAACAGCAGCAACAAUUCAAGAGGAAAACGUCGCAGCAGCAUAGCUCGCAGAGCGGGCACCACGGGAAGAGGACGACGGGCCAAGGAAGCCCUCUCGACGCUUUGUUUCAAAUGACCAGUAAAACGUUCGACGCCGGCGAGCAUAGUCAAGAGCAAGCGAACCAUCUGAACCUGUUCAACAACCGGCAACAGCCGAAGAAGAAGCGUAAGAGCAGAACGGCCUUCACGAAUCAGCAGAUCUUCGAGCUGGAGAAGCGAUUCCUUUACCAGAAGUAUUUGAGCCCAGCGGACAGGGACGAGAUAGCUGCUCAGCUGGGCCUGAGCAACGCUCAGGUGAUCACCUGGUUCCAGAACAGAAGGGCGAAGCUGAAGAGGGACAUGGAGGAGUUGAAGAAGGACGUUCAGACGGUGAAUCCGUUGCUGGUCGUGCAACACCAUAAAACGUUUCUGGAGAACGUUCAAGACCUUGGUAUCCUGAAGAAGCGACCGAUUCCCAACAACAUGGACGAGAAAUCGUAGGGAACCGGACAGGUUGAAGGUUAUUGUCAAAAAUCAACGUUAAUACUCUGGAAACAGAGAUUCUUCUCAGAGGUUAACCGAUGAUUGAUUUAGGUUUGUCGAUCGUAUGCUUGCAAAAUGAACCUGUUGAGAGGCUGCAGAGGCUAGGAGGAUCUUUUCUUCUAGGUGGAUCAUCUUAACGGGUAGGAUUUUGUAGUUUCCUUUAUCAGUAGUUGGUAGAUCAUUACGAGGAACAUUUUUGGCAAAUGUGAUCGACGCGUUUCGGAUAGUGAAAAUGAUUUCGGUUCCGGUGAAGGUAUAGUACAAAGACAGCGUCUUUCUUCGACUGGUCUCGACGAGAUUUUCGGUGGCUCAAAAUCGAAUUGAUUUUUAACGAUUCUCGUCGAAAAGACGUACAAAGACUGAGGGUCUGUUGAGGUCUUAGGAGACACGAUUGAGAACGAUGAAUCAAAGAUGCUGAUAGCGUCUUUUCGAUGGUACGAAGGUUCUUUUUUUUUUCAAAUUAAAGACUGCCAAAUAAUCACAGCUCUCGUAAGGGAUGGUAGGCUCGAUAUUAGAACCCUUAUCGUUUCAUUAACCAUCGUACGAGAUAUUUUACGAACAUUUUUACCAACGCUUCGUAGGAGAGUCUACAUCGUGGACGUCCGAAAGAAACGUAUAGGUGUGUCAUUCGAAUGUGAGAGAAAUUAACGAGUAGAUAGUAUUCUACGUAAUCUAAAAUCUAAAAUGCAUAAAUGUUUUGACGAAAAUUUUGGGCUAUAUUUCUCGGAUCUACGACAACCAUCUGCGAUUGUUCGCGGACACCUAUUGUAUCAUAUUGUAUUUAUUUGUGAGAAGAAAAUGGUGAGUGAAGCCAAAAGAGAUCCGGAGGACGCAUAGAGGAUAUAUAAGUUAUUACGUAAAUAUUAAACUUUAUAAAUUAUGAAGAGAAGCUUCCGGUUGCGGGCCUCUCGUAUGUGUACAUAUGCUGUAUAUACGUUGUUCAUCCCUCACCCCUCCCAAAACCCCCUGGAUAAUAUUAUGCAUAAACGAAAUAGAGUCGUCGGACAUGAUUAGAAUAACGAAAUCGAAGAGAAUUAUAAACGAUAGAUGGGACACUGCAAUAUACCUGGUCAUCAGUUUAAUUAGUGAGCUUUAUGAUCGCGUUAAGAUGUAAAUCCGUAUCGCGUACAGCGCUUAAUGGUUUACGAGGUGAUAGACGUGAAGCGUGAAAGGAAAGGCAAGAGUGCGUGUGUAUGAACGGACAUAGUAGAGCGUUGUAUAGUGAGUGGAAAUAAAUGGAGACAUUUAAAAUA